GGUGGUUGGUCCCACGUUGUACAUCUCUGUGGGAGAGAAGAUGGCUGAGCAGGCCCCCAAAUCCGUUCUGUUUGUAUGCCUGGGUAACAUUUGUCAAUCACCUAUUGCAGAAGCAGUGUUCAGAAAACUUGUAAUGGAUCAAAACCUUUUAGAUAAGUGGAGAAUAGACAGUGCAGCAACGUCCACAUAUGAAAUAGGAAACCCUCCUGAUUAUCGGGGGCAAAAUUGCAUGAAGAAGCAUGGUAUCCCCAUGAAUCACAUUGCUCGGCAGAUUACUAAAGAAGACUUUGCCACAUUUGAUUUUAUACUGUGUAUGGAUGAAAGCAAUCUGAGAGAUCUGACUAGAAAAGGUAAUCAAGUUAAAAACUGCAAAGCUAAAAUUGAACUGCAUGGAAACUAUGAUCCACAAAAACAAGUUAUCAUUGAAGAUCCCUAUUAUGGGAAUGACUCUGACUUUGAGACUGUGUACCAGCAGUGUCUUGGGUGCUGCAAGGCAUUUUUGGAGAAGGCAAGCUAAAGCUGCACCGUUCACU